AUGAAUAAGUAUGAAAUCAUGGGGGUUGUAGGGGAAGGAGCUUAUGGUAUUGUGUUAAAAUGCAAAAACAAGGAGACUAAUGAAUGGGUGGCUAUAAAAAAGUUUAAAGAAACAGAAGAUGAUGAAGCAGUGAAGAAAAGUAUUUAAAGAGAAGUGAAAAUGUUGCGAAUGUUGAAGCAUCCUAAUAUCAUUUAAUUGAAGGAAGCAUUCAAAAAGAAAGGCAAAAUAUUUCUUGUUUUUCAAUUCGUUGAUAGAAACCUAUUAGAAUUACUUGAGGAGAGGAAGACUUUGGACUAAGAAAGCAUCAAACGAGUGAUAUUUUAAUUGGUUCUUGCUGUGCAUGCUUGUCAUUCUGUAGGAAUUGUACAUAGAGAUAUAAAACCUGAGAAUUUACUUAUAGAUAAUGAUCUAAAUUUAAAGUUAUGUGAUUUUGGUUUUGCAAGAACAAUACAAAGUUAAGAAUAAUUGACUGAUUAUGUGGCUACAAGGUGGUAUAGAUCACCUGAGUUACUGAUAUCUAAUAAUUAUGGAAAACAAGUAGAUAUUUGGGCUAUUGGUUGUAUUAUGGGAGAAUUGAUAGAUGGUCAACCAUUAUUUCCAGGCGAAAAUGAGAUGGACUAAUUAUAUCUGAUAUAGAAGAUUAUUGGACCAUUGACUUAGGAUUAGAUGGAAAAAUUUUAGAAGAAUUAAAGAUAUAUAGGAAUGAAGUUUCCUGAGAUAGUAAAAUCAGAAACUAUUGAGAAAAGAUAUGGAGGUAAAAUGUGCAAUAAAGGUUUGAAUUUCUUAAAGCAAUGCCUGAUAAUGGAUCCAAACAAGAGAAUUACUUCUUUAGAUUGUUUGGAGCAUCCAUAUCUAUCAGAUCUUUGGACCAAAGAAAAUGAUGUUAGACCUAAAAGUAAUUUUUAGAGGAGAAUAAGUUGUGAAAGAGAUGAUUCUAAACCUAAUAUCCUUAAUCAAUAUGAUUUUGGCGAAUAGAAACCAAAAAAGAUUCAAGAGAAAGCUAUUCCUUAAACAAUUCAGAAUUAAUCAUUUGUUUAAAAAUAAGUAUAUAAUUACAAAAUUGGGGAUGAGACUCCAGAAGUAACCAAAGAAGGAGAUGAUACAAAAUCAUAAAUGCACAAAACUUUUAAUUAAUCAUUCAAAAUCAAAUUUAAUGAUACUCUUCCUUAAAGUAGAUUAGGGUCAGAAUAAGACAAGAGAAUCAAUAGAGUUAUUGGUUUACCAGGUUUGAAGGAGGACCCAAAAUAACAUUAGCAAUAAUAAUAAUAAUAAUAACAACAACAGAAUAAUCAUAACAAAUCUCCAAAUAAGAGAACCUCUAUCCAGUAACCAUCGUUUUACGUUUAGGGAUAAUAUAAUUUGUAGCCUUAAAAGCUUAAUCUAGUUUAUAAUGCCAAUACUUAUAAUUAUUCAAUUAAGAAAUCGUAUAUCUCAAAAAAAUGA